AUGACUCCCCAAUCUGUUUCCAAGGGCUUCAAAGGCGUUGGCAUAGCAGAUCACAUCGAGGACGGGUGUCUCGGGCGCACCCAAAAGUUUAGAUUGGCAUUAUCAAAAAUCAUUGGGUGCCUGGAGUUGAAGUUAAGGGAUGCACAGCCAAUCCUGAUUGGACAGAAUGCUCUUGAUGGAGAAUAUAUCCUAGGAUAUCCUCCUAUUUGA